CCUAACGAGAAAGUAGAUCUUAAAAGUCUUUUCCGAUCAUGGCGUGUGCGCUCUUCGGUUUAUUGGCAAUCUGUUUCUUCGAAACAGUCUCCGCAGUGUUCCAUAAUCCGAUGAUAAGCGCUGCAUUUAAAACAUUUAAAGAAGAAGUAAAGAGCAUUCGUUCUGGAGUAGGCCAACCUUGUCUUGAUCUAGUAAAUGCUGCGCUUAAUGAAGGAGUAAACAGAGAUAACUUGAACACUUGUUUAAUAGAUUACGAGAAUUUCGAUACUACUCAUGUAAUCAAGGAAUGCGAAAAGUGUUUAAAAAAAGCCGAAAGAUAUGACAAUAUGCAGACUGCACAACAGUGUACUACGGACGGUAUACAAACAAUAACAGCAGAUUUAAGAGUCGUUCGUACUCUAGUAACAACAUGCAUCAAUACUCUCGUUCGUUAUCAUAGACGGGCUGUAGCAAGAAGAACUCGAAGAGCAGGGCACCAAGGUGAGAACCAAGGUGGACACCAAGAUGAGCACCAAGGUGGACACCAAGUUGAGCACCAAGUUAAUCACCAAGGUGGAUACCACGGUGGAUACCACGGUGAAUACCAAGGUGGAUACCAAGGUGGAUACCAAGGUGGAUACCAAGGUGGACACCAAGGUUGGAAAUAAAUAAUGAUACAGUAUGGCUGUAAUUGUAUUUACAUUAAUAGCUUUGCUGCGAACUUUAACUGUAUAAGAUAAUAAAAAGCUGCCUAUGGUUUGCAAUUUUAAA